CAUCAUUGAGAAGGUCGGCAUUCUGAUCCCUUCUUCACACUUUAAGGUAUCUAUGGCCUGUAAGUUUUCAUCAAACGUCUAGUCAAAACUACUGCCCAGAAGCUGCCAGCCACCUCCAAAGGUUUUAGUUCUCUCAUUGAAAAAAAAAAUGGCUGGUGAACCAGUAAACCUGAACGAGUUCCAAGAAUUGGCCAAGGAAGCACUUGCAAAAAUGUACUAUGAUUUUUAUGCUGGUGGAGCUGAGGACCAGUACACAUUAAAAGAUAAUGUGGAAGCAUUUAAAAGAAUCACGAUCCGGCCAAGAAUUCUUGUGGAUGUAAGCAGAAUAGAUAUGUCAACUACUGUAUUGGGGUACAAUAUCUCGGCACCGAUUAUGAUUGCUCCAACUGCCUUGCAUAAGUUGGCACAUCCUGAAGGAGAGGCUGCCACAGCCAGAGCAGCAGCUGCAUCUAAAACCAUAAUGAUUUUAUCCACCACGUCUUCCUGCACGGUGGAGGAGGUUGCUUCCAGCUGCAACGCUGUUCGGUUCUUUCAAUUAUAUGUAUACAAGAGGCGAGAUAUAACAGCUGCAUUGGUACACAGGGCCGAGAAAAACGGAUACAACGCUCUUGUCCUAACUGUUGAUGUCCCCAGACUCGGUCGAAGGGAGGCAGACAUAAAAAACAAAAUGAUUGCACCUCGAUUGAAGAAUCUUGAGGGUCUAUUAUCGAUUGAAGUCGAUUCUAAUAGUGGUUCAAACCUAGAAGCUUAUGCUAAGGCAACAAUGGACGCUUCCUUGUGUUGGAAGGAUGUAGAAUGGUUAAGAUCAAUUACAAACAUGCCCAUUCUUAUCAAGGGAAUUCUUACUCGUGAAGAUGCAAUAAAGGCUGCAGAAAUAGGUGUGGCUGGGAUUGUUGUCUCCAAUCAUGGGGCUCGCCAGCUUGAUUAUUCUCCUGCUACUAUUACUGUUCUAGAAGAGGUGGUUCAUGCUGUGGGAGGGAAAAUUCCUGUUCUUUUUGAUGGAGGAGUGCGGAGGGGAACGGAUGUCUUCAAGGCAUUAGCCCUUGGUGCACAAGCUGUCCUAAUUGGAAGACCUGUUGUCUUUGGGCUGGCAGCAAAGGGGGAACAUGGUGUGAAACGAGUCAUCCAAAUGCUGAAGGAUGAACUUGAGCUGGCCAUGGCGUUAUCUGGUUGUCCAAGUGUGAAGGAUAUUAAUAGAAGCCAUGUGAGAACAGAGCGUGAAAGACUACUCUCAAUGCUUUGAUGUCAAAAUGAAGCAUAAAGAUGAUAUCCUGGAGUGGAGACAAGUGAUUCAGAUAAUCAAAUAAUGACCAUAAUCAUCCGUGCAUACUUGUAACUUAGAUCUGGAAUAUGCUGCCAUUUCUUCAUUGAUUAAGUUGGCAUGCAACUAGUGGGAUUGAAACAUGAAAAUAAUUUCCAUCUGCUAUAUCUUGGUUUAUAUUGUCAAGAAAUGUGGUUGAGUGAAUUGAACGUUUCAUUUCUCUUACAGAAGGUACUGUUCAGUCUCCUACACAUACAUUAUUUGUAAUCCAUAUGGACCAUACUUCCUAAUUGUAUUAUGAAUUAAAAUAAAUAAUAUAUUUCAUUGAGUUAACUUUAAUUAAUUAAAAGCAAUACGUCUUAUCGAGUUAGUAAUUUUCAUUGAAGUUAUUAGCUUUUUAAUCUUCUUAACGCAUGACUUUCUGUUUUUAUUUUUUAUUUUUUUCUUUUCGACUCGUGCUUUUGUUAGCUUUAUAAUAGAUUAAUAAGGGUUGUUGGAUUUUAGAAUAUAUAUAUAUAUAUAUAUUUUUUAAAAGUAAUUUUAAAGGAAGUUAAAAAGUUUUUUGAUUCUUGAUAGUUGAUCCCAGUUUAUAUGUUGAUUGCCUCGUCAGUUGUCAGGCACCUGUCUGCUUUGAGUUUUGACGUUUGUAAAUGGCCAAAGCAGGCAUUCUAAUAUUACCUGCUCUCUUUCAUAAUGGCAUAUUCAUCUUGAUUUAGAUUUUAGAUUAAAGCUGGCUACACAUCUUGAUUUCAUAAUGGCAAAUAAUCAAAAGAGACGGCGAUGUUGAGAAGAACAAGGUUACAAGAACAAGAGAAAGUCAAGAGAAAGAACAUGAUGAUUCUUUGCAUAGAUUUCUUUUUUCGUUGUUGUUGAUAUAUGACGUUUUGGUUUUUCUUUCAUUACUUGGUGGCAGCUGGUCAGCUGGAGAAACUAAAAGUGGACCAAUGUGAAGUUUAUCUGAGGAAGAAUGGAUUGAGACUGACUGGCAAUAAAGGCACACUCAUUCAACGCAUUAAGAGCAUCUAGAGUAAUAUCAUCUUCUUUAAUAGUGGCAAUGUUCGAAAAACUUUAUGAUUUCUUAUAUUCACUUUUAUUUAUUUUCCAGGAUUUUAAAUGGUGGAGGGGAGAAGAAAUAUCCAGUCUCUAGCUUUGUAUUGGAUUCUAAAGGGGAUGCAUGCACUGGUGAUGUUGUUAUGUUCGAACAAAAUGUCUAUGAAAUGUAAGAAUUUUUCUUUUGUUUUGAUUGUUUUUUUGGUUGCAUUCUUGUGUAUAUUUGAAAGCAUGAUUCCCCUUGCCCUCUUUAUUUGUGGAGAAGACACCUUACAUUUUUUUAAAAGUAUUUUUAUUGAAAACCCUCGUUUAUGGUAGAGGAAAACCAUGGAAACAACCUUCAUCACUUCCCCAAAACAAAAAAAAAAAAAAAAAAAACUAAUAAGGAAAGCUCAAAACCGUAUUAUUUACCACGUAUUACCGGCAAUCCUAUCCUAUUCAAUCUCAACAUGCAUGUUAUCUCCUUUGGGGUCCGCUCAAAAUCCGUCGUAUUUCCUUUGGCACAUUUUUUAGCAAGAAAAUCAGCUACUUGAUUUAUUUCUUUAUAUAUGUGUCUAAAUACUAUGUUCAACUCCUUAGCAGGGAAGGCAAUUCUCUGCCGGUCUUCUUGCACAGCCAAUGAACAUCACCCUAUCCUUUCCACCAGUUAACCAACACUUGGGAAUCAAUUUCAGCCUCGACAUUAGAUUGCAUCAGCAUAAUACAUAUUCGUAGACCAUCGAGCAAAGCCUUAGUCUCAGCCAUUGUGUUUGUACCAUAUCCAUUUAUUUUUUUAAGAAGAGCCGGAAGCCACACACAUAGCAGCUCCGUCUCAAUUUUAUUAAAAAACCCUCACUUGUGGCGAAGGAAAACCGUGGUUACAACCUAAGGCCUGGGGACUACAAAAAAACCAAAACCUAGACCUUAAAAACCAAAAAAAUAAACACAAAUACAAUACAUUGGCCCUAGGAAAGCAAAACAAAAACUGCAAAACAAAUCCUGCAAAAGAUAAACCUGCACAAACAAAGAUUAAGAAAGGAAAUAACGCAGUGCAAAGAGGGACAUACCUGGAGAUAAAGUCAGUGCCCAUAACAUCUAGCAACAUCUUCGAAUUUUUCGAAGGUAAGGGAAACCUUCUUUGUCUAGCUGGAUAUUACCUCUAAUGUGAGCAGGUAGCUCAGAUAAAGAAGACUAGAAUCCAAUUUGACCAUUGGCACCCAGUUUGGCAAAGCCAUCCGCAACCGAAUUACAUUAUCUAAUGUAGUGACCAUGAGAGACAUGAAGCCCAGCUAGAUGAUUUUGAAUUUCAUCCCAAUAAUCUUCCAUGUACCAUAGGCCACAACGUUUGUUCCUCAACCAGUUAAGAACUAACAUGGAAUUAAGUUCAAUUUCCACUGAUACAACACCCAUUAAACCGAUGUGACGAAGCCCAUGUAGUAAACCCAUCAACUCUGCAUGGUUAUUAGAGUUAUGCCCGGUUUCAACAGCAAACCCACAAAGCAAGUUACCUUUAUCAUCCCGAAUAAUGCCGCCUGCACCUAAAGGACCUGGAUUACCAAGAGAACAACCAUCCACAUUCAAUUUAACCCAACCCUGCUUAGGAGGCUUCCAUUUAACCGGAAUAACUAUCUCUUUCCUUGUAACAUUAAUAGGCAUAUUGAAACAAUGUAGAACUCCUUCAUCUUGGUUAGUGAGCAAAUUAACAUCCUUAAGCUUUAAUGCAAUCUAGGAGACCCAAUAUUUUAUAGAACACCAGUACCAAUUCCAUCAAUCCUUCCAUCCUGGCCUUACAACGCCGACCCCAUAAACGCCAAGUUAUGAUGGCCAGAAGAAGACUCAACAAUUGACCAGAGCGAGUAGAAUUUUUUGCCCGCCUAUACCAACACUCCACCUGCUGUCUCCAAGUCAAACCUUCCCUCCAAGGAAUACUAAGAACCACUGAACAAAUACGCCAAAUUUUUUUAAUAAAAUCACCUCUCACAAGACUAUGAUUAAGAUCUUCAUACUCAGAGUCAGAGCAGCAAUUGCAACGGGAGGCAAUAGGAAUACCUAUUCUUCAGAUUCUAUCGUCCAUCAGGAGACAAUCAUGAAUGGCCUUCCACAUAGUAAUCGACAUUUUUUUGGGAAGGGCAGGAUGCCAGACCCAUUUAGCCCAAGGGAAAUCUGGGCCCCUCGUGCGAAUACAAUUCCAAGCACUUCUAGUAGAGAAAUGCCCGUUAGCAUUAGGGAGCUAAAUCAGAACAUCCUUCCCAUUAUUAACCCGACCCAAAUGCAAAAUAAGUUCCUCAGCUUUUUGAUGACCAACCAACUGAGUAAAAAGCUCCAUAUCCCAGCCCAACCCAUAUUUGCAAUCUUUCAAUUUAAGGUUCGGCAUAUCAGAAAUCUGAGUAUUAUUACAAAGAGGGGCAUCAUCAGCCCACUUAUCAAUCUAAAAAUGGAUUUUACCCUCCCGCACUUUUCCAUUUAGAAUUAGCUUGCACUAAAGGAAUAUUCUGCAAAAUCAUCUUCCAAAAAAUAGAUCCUUUCGUAGAGUCCACCAUAGAGAUAUGUUUAUCACCAACAUAUUUAGCAUGAAAAAAAUUGGAUCAAAGAGAAGUACCUUGCAAAAAAUUUCAAGCUAACUUCAUGUGGAGAGAAGAUUGCACAUCUUGGAGACUUCGAAUGCCCAACCCUCCUUCCGAGAUAGGCUUACAAAUGUCCAUCCAAGAACGCCAUUUUUUCUUAAGUUUGCCAUCUUUGACACCCAAAAAAAAGGUGCUAAUGAUUCUUUAAAGUUUCUCAAUCAUGACUUUAGGAGUCUUUAAGAUAGAAAGACUGUGGACAGGAAUGCUUUGGAGAACAUGUUUAAUAAGAAUCAAACGCGCCCCGCUAGAUAACAAUCUGGUUUGCCAACCCUCCAAUCUGGCCUGAACUUUAGCAAUCAAAUCAUCAAAGUGAGCAAUUUUCAAUCUUCCAGAGAUAAUAGGAACUCCCAAAUAUUUAAAAGGAAAAAUUCCUUUCGUAAAACCAGUGAACCGAAGAAGAGCCCGACGUCUAGAAGCAGAAACCUGCGAAGAGAAAAAAAUUGAAGAUUUGUUUUUGUUAACUGCUUGCCCCGACCUCUGUUCAUACUUCCUCAACACAUCAGUAAUAACUUUCAAGGAAGCCUUGCCCCCAUUACAAAAAAGCACCAUAUCAUCUGCAUAAAGAAGGUGAGAAAUAAUAGGAGUACCCCUUGGAUGAUAAAAUGGAACAAUCGUACACAUAUGUAUCUGAUUUUUUAUCAUCCUCGAAAAGAUUUCCUCCACAAGAAUGAAUAAAUAAGGAGAAAUGGGGUCACCUUGUUGCAACCCACGACCACCUUUGAAAAACCUUUGAGAGCCCCGUUCAUGACUACAGAGAACCAGGGAUUAGUGAUACAGUGACGAAUCAUCAGGCAAAAAAAAUCUAAGAAGCUGAAAGCUUUAAGAACAUGCAUAAGAAAAGACCAGUCCAUCAUAUCAUAAGCCUUAACCAUGUCAAUCUUCAAAGCAAUAUUCCCAUCAUGAGCUGGUUUAUUAAUAGCGUGAAUCAUCUCUUGCGUCAAACUGAUAUUUUCAAAAAUGCUAUGGCCCAAAAGGAAGGCUCCUUGUUCAAGAGAAAUAAUUUUAGCAAGCAGGGGUGAAAGGCGAUUAACCAUGAUUUUGGUGCAAAUUUUAUAGAACACAUUGUACAAGCUAAUUGGCCUAAACUUAUCAAAACUUGUCGGAUUAUCCACAUUCGAAAUUAAAACCAUGAAAGUUGCAUUAAAAAACCGAGGAAGAGUCGUACCAUGGAAAAAAUCUACCACCGCAUCAACUACAUUGGCACCUAUAAUGUGCCAACAAGAUCGAUAGAAGCCCGACCCAAACCCGUCAGGCCCUGAGCUACUAUCUUCUGGAAUGGAGCAAAGAGCAUCAUAGACUUCCUGAGAAGAAGGAACACGAGAAAUAAUAUCAUUAUCGCUCUGAGAAAUAAUAGGUUGGACAAAAUCCCCCAAAUUAGGCUCUUGACAGCAGUUACCAGCCUGCAAGAAUUGAGAAAAAUAGGAUAUAGCCCCUUCGUGAAUCUGCUCUGGAGAGGAGAGAAUAGUACCAUCCUCUAGUUUCAUCUCUAUAACCUCUUUAUGAUUCCGACGACUAACAGCACGGAAAAAAAUAGAAUUUGCUUCACCCUUCUGAAUCCAGCCUUGUUUAGCAAUUUGGGCUAAGCGCUUUUCUUCCCUGUCCAACCACACUAAAAGAUCCAGCUGGGUGGCAACAAGAUUAUCCUCCACCUCGUUCGAAUAAUCAGAUUGUAAUCUAACUUCCAAGCCCUUUAUUCGAUCCUCAAGUUCUGCUAUAGGAGUUUCAGUUCUACCAAAAAUUUUCUUGUUCCAAGCUCUCAAAACAAUUUUAAGUCUUUUGAGUUUAGUAACAAGCAUAUAUAAACGAGACCCCCUAACAACAUCACCAUUCCAAGAAUUCAAGACACAAUCAAAAAAUUGAGCAUGAGAUACCCACAUUUGCUGAAAUUUAAAAGAAUGAUAGCCAUAUCUUACAGGCUGAUUUUCCAGCGCAACCGUCAUAGGUGCAUGAACAGAAGAGGUGCGCGCCAAGUAUUCCAUAUUAGCAUCAAUAAAACUGCUAAGGCAACUGUAUUAAGGAAACACCGAUCAAGAUGAGCCCAAUGCCUAGAAUUUCCUGAAUGACCGUCACACCAAGAAAGAGAAUUUCCACGGAAAGACAUAUCAAGGAUCCCACAAGAAUCCACCCAACCAUUAAACUCCUCCAUGGCCAAUGCCCGCCAUGGCCUACCCCCUCUUCUCUUCGAAUCAUUUUUGAUAAUAUUAAAAUCUCCCAACACCAUCCAAGAUAAAUUAUGAGUAUUAGCAUCCAUCAACGAACCCCACAGACGCCUGCGCUCCAAGUAGGAGCAUUUCGCAUAAACAAAAGUAAUACAAAGAUCAUUCAGACUAUUGAUACGAACAGUCAAAAAUUGGUCUCCCAUAGAAUCAACAAUUAGAUUUAAAUCCUGAGGCCAAAACAACCAUAACUGGCCGCCAUCAUCAAAAUUAAAGCAACAUCGAUCAAAACCCAAUCUAUCACGCCACAUAUCUAAACGAGAAUUACUAACCAUAGGCUCGACAAUAGCAAGUAGUUUAGGAUGUAGCUUCGAUACCAAUUUUUUAGGCCAUUUCCUCGAUGUACCAACACCCCGAGCAUUCCAAUACAAGUAAGAGAUCUUCAUAAAUUAAGGCGAGAGGGCUUGUUUACAACCUUGGAUGAACCCCUUAAUUUAAUACAUUUCCUGUGACGUUCUUUUUUCGAUUGAAUAUCUGAGUUCGAUGCCACAAGUUUUUUCUUAGCUAUAUGUUCUAGGACCUCUUCUGAAUCUGUAUCUGAGUAAACGUGCCCAUCAGAAACAUCAUGGUCAUAUUCUGUAUCUACGUAGGCUGGGUCACUUUUGUCUUGGGCAAUAAUUCCAUCUAUGUUUGGUAUGACUUGGUUCAACGUGUGUGCUUCCUCAACAAGAGUUACACUAGUAUUUGCAUCACCCAUAUGCGAAUUGAAUCCCGUUUCCAACUCUUCUUGGUCAACUAUCUGCCGUGAGCCUUCAAGAAUUGGAUCAUCAUGUAACCCCUCCAUAUGAGCGGUCAUCUUGUUAACUGCUGUAGCAACAUCUGUAGAAGUUUCAAGAUUGACUUGUUUAAAAUCUAAAACAUUAGUGGUCCCUACAGCUGUAUCUUCAACCUCUCCAUCUCCAACCUCUUUCAUAUGACCCUCCCUUUCCGAGUUUUCUAGAUUGAGCUCAUUAGACUAGGUUCCUAUCUCAUGCACCGGUUUUUCACCCAUCUUACUAGACUCACCUUUUUGCACUAUAUCGGUAGGAUGCUCGUCUUUCUUUUCCUUGAUCCUCGAGGUCAAAGUCGACUUUUCUUUCUCAUAAGUUUCCUUCAACUUUACAUUAUGUUUUUUCCCUUCCCAUUUGCAAGUCUUAGCAUUAUGACCUUGGACGUGACAUCUUAGACAAUAAGCAGGUAGAGUCUCAAAUUCUAUGGUUUGAUAAAAACUUUGAGGAUUUCUGUGUGUACCUAUCCACAAGGCUUUGAUCGGUUCUUUCGUAACAUCUAUCUCUACGCAUAGUAUGGCUCCAUCCGUGUGAGUAGCGCAUCGAGUGGGAUUAUCCCUCUUAAGAAUCUGCCGAUUGGAGCUGUAAUGUUGCGAAGAAAAAACUCAUGGUAGAAGUUUGGAGGAAGACCCGGCAAUGUAAUCCACACCGGGACGCAAACAGGUUCUUGGUCUUCAUGAAAGUCGGUGGUCCAGUGAAAAACUCUAUAUGGAAUGCCAUUGAUCUCACAGCUUUCACGUGCAAAAGCCUUGACAAAAUCAUCCUCCAACAAUAGACGUACAAAAACGUUCAGUGGCUUACGCAUCAAUGAGAUGAUCGGUUGGUUUGACAAUCCCCAUUUGGCUCUGAUGAAUGAUCUGAUGGAAUCCAGGGAAGGUCUUUGCCAUAGAAACUUUAAAACCAGAGAGAAUUGAAAAGGAAUAGCUGAUCUAUCCAGUUCAUCCUUUGAAAAAAUCACACAUACCUCACUGUCCACAGUUUUAUGUGAUCUGAAGGGAGCCACGACCUCAGGAAUGGGCUGAGGAGAUUCUAAAACCAUAUAUGCGAAUGAUUUGAGGCAUGGAGUAAUGGCCGAAUUGGCCUGGAGGCCACCGGCGGUAGCCAUGCAUGAAGAAACCUCAUGCACUCACGUUGAGAGAAAAAAGGGUAAAAAAUUCUUUUGAAAAAAACCCUUGUACCAUAUCCAUAGUAAGCCAUAAAACUACGCAAGGUUCGCCCUCUAUAAUCCCAAACUACCCCUCUACCACCACAUUACCCAGGAUUCCCCGAACUACACCAUCAAUAUUCAACUUGACAAACCCAAUGGUGGACCGGACCAUUGCAGGGGGUUUACAUAUAUGUAUACUUUUGAUCUUAAAAUAAAUAAGUGCCACUUCCAAAUAUCUUCACUCAAGGGGGUCUAAGGUUGUGAUAAAACUGAUGAUGAUAUUUUCUCUUUUCCUGACCAAUUGAUGAUGAUGCUUGUGCUGCAAUUUUUCCUACCUUAGAAAUUAAUUACUUUUUUUUUUUUUAAGAAGAGGACGGUACCCCAAAUUUUAUUAAUAGCCCUCACGUUUGGCGGAGGAAAACCGUGGUUAUAAUCAGAAGCCUGGGGGUUUACAUAUAUGCUAGAAAGACCAAAGCCAGGCCUAAAAAAAAAAAAAACAUAUAAUCGAGAUCAAAAUUACAAUUUUCCAAAACAACAAAAGGACAAGAUAAACGGUACAAUUUUUCAAGACAACAAAAGGACAAGAAAAACGAGAACAACCACCUGCAAUAAAAAGAAACAACCUAAAUAGAUAUUAAAUGUAAAUAAAGAUAAAACUAGAUAGUACAUACCUCACUAAGGUAUCCUCAAAUAGGGAAUACUAACUCUAUCCAUUCUGAGCAGACCUCUUAACUGAUUGGGAAGAGACCUAUCUUCAAACCACUCCAUACUAGACCCUCUAGAACCCUCUUUCGCAAGAUAGUCAGCUACUGCAUUUCCUUCCCGAAAAACAUGGCUCAUACUAUACUCCAAGCGAUCAAGACAGACUUGAAGCUCAUCUCAAUAAUCUUCCAGGUACCAGAUAUUAGAUUCACCUUUUUUAAUCCAUUUAAUAAGAAUUUGGGAAUCUGUCUCGAUGUUAACUCGUCUAAAACCCAAUUGACAGCAUUUCCUAACACCUUCCAGCAAGCUUCUCAAUUCAGCAUAAUUAUUAGAACCCUGACCUAAUGAAACAGAGAAAGCCGCACAAAUAUGACCACUUGCAUCACGAAUGACACCCCCAGCCCCAGCUGGACCAGAAUUUCCUAAACUGCUCCCAUCAAUAUUAAGUUUAACCCAAUUUGAACAGGGCGGAAGCCACUUCACCAAAGAAACUCUCUUUGCUUUAGGGGUCGGAAUCAAAAUAUCCAACCUUUUAAGGAUGGCUAAAUUCUGUUUCAGAAUCUUCGUAGCUUUCAUAUUGAAAUACAUGAUAUUACGGACCCAAAAUUUAAUAGCAUUCCAGACGGACUCAAUCGAUUCAACUUGACCUUCAUAUCUGGCUUUACAACGCCUUUCCCAUAAUUUCCAAGAUACAAUGGAAGGAAUAAAAUCAAAGAUAGUCCUAACCUGAGACAAUUUGCCAGCACGGCGAAACCAAAAAUUAAUUUGCUCCUUCCAAAUACGAAAAUGACCCCCCCAUAUACACGCCAAGUUGCACAGAGGCCAUGCGCCAAAUUGUUUUAGCAAAAUCCCUAUUACAAAGAACAUGAUUAAGAUCCUCAAUCUGGCCCAUAGAGCAACAAUUACAUUUCGAAGCCAAAGGGAUUCCAACCAUUUUAAUUUUUUCAUCCACAUUCAAGCAAUUAUUAUAAGCCUUCCACAUCAUAAUGGAGAUUUUCUUAGGAAGAGUAUUGUGCCAAAUCCAAGAAGUCCAAGGUAAAGGAGAUGCCUGAACUCUAAUACAAUCCCAGACAUUUUUAGUCCGAAACUUUCCAUCAUUCUCCUUCCUCCAAACUAGAACAUCCUGCCCCUCUUUCCUCCUUGCCAAAACCUGAUACAAAUCCGUGGCUUUUUCUUGACCCACUAGCCGUUCCAAGAGAGGAAUAUCCCUACCAUUAUCAAUGUAAAAGUCUUUAAUCUUAAUCAAAGGUUGCUCGAUCACCGGUAAUUGAUCAUGAAGAGGACCUUCCUCCUGCCAAUUGUCAUACCAAAAAGAGAGAUUACCCUCUCGCACUAGCCAUUUAGAAUUAUUCAGCACAACAGGAAUAUUAUGAACAAUAUAUUUCCAAAGACGAGUACCCUUGUUUGGCGGCAAAAGGGAAAGAUGAUUUUCCCUAACAUACUUACCUCUGAAAAAAUCUGCCCAUAAAGAUUGACCAGAGAUCAAAUGCCAGGCAAGUUUUAUAUGUAAAGCACGUUGCAUAUCUCCAAAAUCCCUAAUGCCCAAGCCACCUUCUUCAAUAGGACGACAAAUCUUAUUCUAAGCCACCCAUUCUCUUUUACCUUUCCCUUCAAAUUCACCCCAAAAGAAAGUACUAAGAAGCCUAUUCAAUUCCAUAAUCACCACCUUGGGGACUUGAAAAACAGCUAGAAGAUGAGUGACCAUACUCUAAAGAACAUGACGUAACAAAAUAAUUCUCCCACUUGCAGAAAGUAAUUUCAUCUUCCAACCCGCAAUUUUCUUUUUAACUUUCCCUAAUAAUUCACCAAGGUCAGAAACCUUUAGUCUACUAACCACAAUAGGCACACCCAAAUACUUGAAAGGAAAAGAACCCUCGGAAAAGCCAGUAAUACGAAGAAUAGAUCUCUUUCUAUGCAUAGAGAUAUGUUUAGAAAAAAAGAUAGCACUUUUCUCUUUAUUAAGAACUUGACCCGUCCAAUCUUCAUAAGAAUUUAAAACCUAGAUCAAUCCUUUCAUUGACCUUUUCCCACCAUUCAUAAAAAUUACAAUAUCAUCAGCAUACAUAAGGUGGGAGACAAGUGGAGUACCUUUUGCCUAAUAAUACUAACCAAUAUUACCAUUAUUAAAAGCAUGCUUCAACAGACGAGAGAGAACCUCCUGCAUAAUAAUGAAAAGGUAAGGCGAUAAUGGAUCCCCUUCCCUCAAGCCACGUUCUCCUUUAAAAAAAUCCAAAGGAGUGCCAUUCAUCAUGGUUGAAAACCAAGUCGUAGAGAUACACAAAUUAAUUAAAGCACAUACUUGAUCAGAAAAGCCAAAAGCUGCCAAAACAUGUAACAAAAACCUCUAGUCAAUUCUAUCGUAAGCCUUAGACAUAUCAAGCUUGAUCAACACAUUACCCCCAAUUGAUUUUUUGUUAAUAGAAUGGACCAUCUCCUGAGUUAAGCUAAUAUUCUAAAAAAUACUCCUACCUGGAAUAAAAGCCCAUUGUUCCUGAGAUAUCAUCUUAGAAAGCAUGUUAGUAAGACAAGCAACAAUUAUCUUAACACAGAUCUUGUAAAAAACAGAGCACAACCUAAUAGGUCUGAAUUUAUCAAAUCCAUUAGGUUUAUCCAUCUUAGGAAUCAAAACAAUAUAAGAAGCAGUGAAAAACCUGGGAAGAAAACUAGUACUAAAAAACUCAGAAGUGGCAUCCAAAAGGUCCUCCUUAACAAAAUCCCAACAAACUCUAAAGAAACCCAAACCAAAACCAUCCGGGCUAGGACUGCUGUCAAUGAGAAUACUAAAAAGAGCAUCCUUAAUUUCCUCAAGAGAAGGGCCUUUACAUAAUAAUAAGUUUUCCUCAAUAGUAAUCACAUGUGAAAUCAGAUGAUUCAGAUUAGGCAAAUCACGGUUACUCUGAUUCCCCAAAAAGUCCUAAAAAUACUAAGUCGCAGUGCAGUGAAUAUCGACAGGAGUAUGUAAGUAUGUACCAUCCACCAAAUACAUCUCACUAAUCCUUUUAUGAUUCUUCGAAUUUAAAAUAGCAUGGAAAAAUUUAGAAUUUUGAUCACCGUCUUUUAAUCAGGCCUUUUUAGCCAUAUGUGAUAAGCGAGUAUCCUCCCGACCCAUCCAAGUCGAUAAUUCUAGCUUAGCCACCAUAAGAUCAUCAUUAUCCUCAGAACUAAAACCACUUUGGAGACUGAGUUCCAAUCUCUCAAUACGUUGCUCCAAUUCUUGGAUAACAUUAGUAGUUCGACCAAACACUCGUUGAUUCCAAUCCUUUAAUGCCACCUUAGUUCUUUUUAAUUUAAAAGAUAACUUAUUAAGACCCACACCCAAACCUUCCUACUCCCACACCCCUUUCACAAAACUAAGAAAAUCAAUAUGAUCAGUCUACAUAAAUUGAAAACGAAAAGGGCUAGGUCUAUACCUAAAAAGGUCCUCUCCCAUUUGAAUCACCAAAGGAUAAUGAUCCGACGUGGUGCGAGUUAAUACCUGAUAAAAUACAUUUGGAAAACAAGUUAAAAAAUUAGUAUCAAGAAAACAUCGAUCUAACCUUGCCCAACUUCUUGCCAAAUCGCCUUGACCAUUACACCAAGUCAUACGUGGACCAUUGAAGCGCAUAUCCAUCAAACCACAGUUCUGAAUACAUAAGUUGAAAUCAGCCAUUGCCGAGAAUUGACGUGGAUGUCCACCCCGUCUCUCAGAGUCAUCUUUAAUGAUAUUAAAAUCUCCACAAAUGAUCCGUUGCAAUUGACCACUGCUACUAGUCUCCAACUCCUCCCAGAGAGACUUCCUUUCAGUCUGAUUACAUUUAGCAUACACAAUAGUGAGGAGGAAAAUAUGCCCAUUCUCUUCCACUUUGACUGACUAGAACUAGUCACCAUGUGCACAGAUAUAGUCGAUUUCCACAACAACCAAAUCUUCCCAUCAUUUGCUUAAUUCGUCAGAAAAUUAUCACAACUAAACUUUCUCAAAAAACCAGGGAUUCUAUCCUGCUCAGAAAAGGCUCAGUGAGAGCUAAAAUAUUAGGCUUGACUUUAUUCAUGAUUUUACACACUCUUCUAUGAGAAGUUCCAACUCCCCUGAUGUUCCAAAAAAUUAUUGGAUUGAUCAUAAAUUAAGUUUGGAUGGACGGAUCACCACUCAAGAGGAACUCCUUUUUUGAAACAUACCAGUCCUAUUUUUGGGAACUUCCGCAUCCGUGCUAUAAUCUUUCUGCAUAUCAACACUUACAUCAUCUCUUUCAACUUCAUUUUCAGAUUGAGUCUUGUCCACUGUGAUUAUGUUCAUCUCGCUAUCAACAUCUUCAGCCUCUAGAUCCUCAAUGGCAAUGUCUUCAUAAAAGGAUCCCUCAUUGUCAAACUGCAUCAUCUAGUCCUUCAAACUCCCUCCCCUUUCACCCAUAUCUCUACCCAACUUCACAGACCCAUUUAGAUCAUUUAUGGACUGGUGGCCCAUUGCCAAGUCGUUCACGGCACACCUUUCACCAUCUUUAUCCGAAUGGCCUGCAUCAUCUAGGUGAGAAUGAGCUCCAAUCUUUGUACUUGUUUCUUCAUGAACCAUAACAGGUGUCACGACCUCCUUUGAUAGAGGCACUUCAAGCAAAGCCACGACAUCUUUUUCCAACGUGGACACACUCGGUGUAGCAGUGUCUUCCAGGUUCAUCAAACCAUCCUCCUGCUGCGACAAGUCUACCUGCAUGGAAGGCAAUUGUGCAUUCAAGAAAGCACUUUCUACUUUUUCUAACCCCAGAGUUCCAGUCAAACCAUUCUCUGAAGUGACCCCAACAACAAGAUCCAUAUUGGAGCUCUCAUUAUUUUUUUGAUCUUUCUCCUGGUUUUCUUUCAGUUUAGCAUUGUCAUGCAGCACUACACCCUUCUCAGUAUUUUCUGCAACCAGCAAAGAAAGAUCCAAAUUCAUAUUACCUUUACUUACUGCCACUUCCUCCGUAGGUUUUUCUCCCUGCUUAACCCACAUCUGCCCUCCCUUUGGUUUUCUCUUUUGGUCAGGACCAUUCCUACAGGUUCAUUUAUUAUGUCCCUGACAUUUACAAAAAGUGCAGUAAGCAGGAAGUGUUUCGAAUACAACCUCCUGCCUCCUACUACUUGGCAUCCUUGGUAUACCUAACCAAAAGUGUGAAAUCGGCUCCUUUGAGGCAUCUAUCUCCAGACACACACGAGCCUCGUCUGUUCUCGUAGCACAGGUUGUAGAAUUGUCAUGGCGGAUGAACUUUCCAAUUGGUGUUGUGAUCAUUUUUAAGACAAAAUGAUGAUAGAAGUUCGGCGGGAGUCCAGGCAAAAAAACCCAUAUCGGCACACGCGGUGGUUCAAAGUCUUCAUCAAAAUCCGGUGUCCAAGCAAAAGAUCUGUAAGGAACUCCAUUAACCUUGCAGGACUCUCUUGAUAAGGCCUUAUGUAAAUCAUGCUCAUUCCCCAUCCUUACAAAAACAUGUCUCAAACGCCGCAUACCAGAAACUACCGGCAAGCUGGAGAGACCCCAGCGGCUGCGAAUGAAUGCUCAAACGGCGUCUAACAAAGGCCUUUGUCGUAGGAACUUAAUCACCAUUGAAUAGCGGAAGGACUGAGCCAUUCAAUCAAUUUCCUCUGCUGUAAAAGAAAAAAACAGUUCCCCCUCAAAGUAUUUCGGUGGCCGAAAAGGUACCUCCAUCUCCGGCAGUGGUUGAGGCACUACAGAGACUAUGUCAGCAAACGAUAAAGAAGGACCUGCCAUGGGCGGCAAGGCCUCUGCUGCCAUGCAGCCAGCGAACCCAAGCAGGAAUUGAAAUCUCAAACCCUAACAGAGGUUUAACGUAAAUAUGGAAAGUUGACUUCUCCCUUAAUGGAAUUAAUUACCUUUCUUAUUUCUCUUUUGGAAAUCGAAUUCUCAGGUUCAACUUAGCAUCCCGAAGUGGCUGUGGUCCUCCUUGCGGCAUAAGGAUUGUUGUGGGCCGCAUUGUGAAAGAAAGUUAUGGUGCUGCAAAGCAACAACAUACUUUCACGGUGGAUUAACCUCGCUGCAUUUGAUGAAAUAUACGGGCAAGCAUAAUAUAUCUGUUUCUAAAUAUUUUUCUGGCUGAUCUGAACAGAUAGAAGUACUCUGGAGCAAGGGGGAGAAACCACUCCCUCCACUUCAUCCCCUGCUAAUUAAGGGUCGAAACCUUUACCGUUUGAAAAUUUUGAGACAAGUUUGUUUCAUAUAAACAAAUUUCCUUUUUCCCAGUCAUCUGUUUUUCAUCCCAUGUUAAACUAAUCCUGUUGUAGAACUUCAGAGAUGGGAAGAUGAAUAGGAGAGGUAGAAAGUUUUGAUGGAAAAGCACUCCAGGGGGUCUGUUGCAAGGUCUGAUAGAGAAGUACGUAUCCAAGAGAAGGAAAAGAGGAAAAUACUCAAGGCAACCAGUUUUCUCUACCUACUUCCGGAUCUCAAGAAAGGAGUCAAAUGGGAACCAAUCUCACUUCAAUUCAACCGUAACUGUAAAAUCUGCAUUCCAACCAACACAGUCAGGUUUAUUAGUCGAUUCAAGAAAACCAUCAUUUAGUUCACAUUCAAAGCCUGGGCCAUAUGAUAAUUCAGGCAAAUCAGAAUCUCAACCUCAAAAGAUGAGUUCCUCUGUUAAUUCAGGAAAACCAGCAGCUUCCCAGCAACAGUUGUUGGGCAUAUUCACUGAUUUAGGAAAGCCAACGAUGCAAGCUCAACAAGCAGGUUUAUAUUGUGAAGCAAGACUGACUGUAACUUAACCACAACAGCAAAAUAUACAAGACAAAGUAGUUAUAACCAGCAGCCUUCUCAGAACUCUGUUGAUUGUAGGUACUCAAGUAAUACAGAAAAAAUGUAUAGUGGCAGUCGCGCCGUUCACCAUUCAAACUUCAAGCGGCCCAACUUGAACUCGCAUCCGAAUGACCAUCAAGCUCCUAGUAAUAAGUAUCCAAAUAAUGACCGGAAAAGCGGGCUACCCGCGUGGGGUUAUCAUAGACAGCCAUUGACAGGCAUCAGCCAGUUCCCACCAAUGAACCAACCACAGAGGCAAGGCUACCGGCCGCCACAGCUGUGCCGAUAUUAUGCUCAGGGGAGGUGCCAUUUUGGUGACAAUUGCAAAUUUGUGCACCAGUCAAGAAGAUAAUGUGGACAGAGAGUAAGAUAGGAAGGUGCUCAUACUGAAUUUGAAGGAUAUUGAGUGCGAAUGCGAGUUUCAAUGAGUUCGUUGAAUUUUGUGCUUCUUUAAAUGAGAGUUUCCUAGAAACUCUCUUGCCAACUUUUGUUGCAAUUUUUUUUUUUUUAAUAUUAUUAAUGGACGUCGUGAUGCGCAUUACUGGGCA